CCACAAACUUUUAGUACCAGCCCAGACAACCAUGGCAAUGUUGCGAUCUUUGAGUAAUUUGGCAAAAUUUACAGCCAAAAAUGGAGUCUUCAAACCAACCUGCUUCCAAGGGUCAAGGUUAUGUUCCGCAGCUGCUGCAGAAGAUGACACGGGUACCACAUUCAACAGCGACAGGCCUCUGAUUGGUCAGGCUGAGACCAUGAUGGACAUUGGAACCAGGCCUAUCUUCAGUGAGGAACAUGACAUGUUCAGGACCAGUGUCAGGAGAUUCUUUCAAGAGGAAGUAGCCCCGAACCAGGACAGGUAUGAAAAACAGAGGAUGGUGGAUAAGGAGUUGUGGGAAGCUAUGGGAUCAGCUGGACUGCUUGGUGUAGAUAUCCCUGAGUCACAGGGAGGAAUUGGAGGAGAUCUGCUCAUGACAUCUAUUGUCUGGGAAGAACAAGCUUAUGUAAAUUCAGCUGGGACAGCCUUUCCUAUGCACAGUGACAUUGUCAUGCCCUACAUCAGUCAUUAUGGUACCCCAGAGCAGAUUGAGAAGUUCAUACCAGCCAUGACAGCUGGAACCAAAGUGGGUGCCUUGGCAAUGACAGAACCAGCAGCUGGAAGUGAUCUACAGGGCAUCAAGACCUCAGCCAAGAAAGAUGGGGAUGACUACAUCCUUAAUGGAAGCAAGGUAUUCAUCACCAAUGGUUGCCUGUCUGAUGUGGUGGUGGUUGUAGCCAUCACAGAUCUGAACGCUAAGAAGAAAGCUCAUGGCAUCAGUCUUUUCUUGGUUGAAGCCGGUAUGCCAGGGUUCACCAAGGGGAAGCCACUGGAGAAGGUCGGACAGAAGUCUGUGGAUACUUGUGAGCUGUUCUUUGAAGAUGUACGCCUCCCAGCCAGUGCGUUGCUGGGUAAGGAGAACCAAGGCUUCUACAUGCUGAUGAACCAGCUUCCUAGAGAGAGGCUUAUCAUUGGAGUAGGAUGCCAGGCCCAUACUGAGUUCAUGUUUGAAGAAACAAGGAACUAUGUCAGGCAGCGUAAGGCGUUUGGCAAGACUCUGGGAAACAUCCAGACAAUCCAACACAAGCUAGCCGAGCUGAAGACUUUGAUCUGCAUCGGAAGAAGCUUCCAGGAUGACUGCCUUAGACUGGAAUCGGAAGGCAAAUUGGACACAUACACUGCAUCAAUGUCAAAGUACUGGGGCUCUGAUGUCAUCAACAAGGUAGCAACGGAAUGCCUUCAGCUCCACGGUGGAUGGGGUUACAUGUGGGAGUACCCCAUCGCUAGGGCCUUCUGUGAUGCUCGAGUGGGUGCCAUCUAUGGAGGUAGCAAUGAGAUCAUGAAGGAACUUAUCUACAGACCCAUCGUAGCCUCUAACUAAACUGAGUGGCGUGCACCUUGCAAGAUGUGCCCCAGAGUCUUUCCUGUCUUAAGUUAAUAUUAACUCAUUCCCAAUGCAAACCUUUAUAGUGUAUAGGGAAUGAUAUGCUACUUUUAUGAAAGAAAAUGAUAAAUUAAACAAAUCCCCUAAAUGUAAAUUGGGUAACUAAAAUCAGUUGUAGCAUUCAAUGUGAUGACAUUUAAACAAUAUUGAAUAUUAUAACUAUAUCUUACAAAAAAUAUAUCUAGAUGAAACAAUAUGUAAAUAAUAUGUCCAAAACUUGCUUAAGGCAUAUUAGCCAAGUGAUUUAUUAAUGUUGCUCAAAUUAUUUACGCUCUCCAAGUCUUGGACUUGUAGCUAUAUCAAGCCAAUAUGUGAAAUCUGAACAGGUUUGUAAGAAGUCAUGUACAUAGGUUUCCUAUGAUCUUAAUUUGAAUUUGAAAGUGAAUUUGGUAGGCACCAUAUUUUGAAUAAAUAACAAUGAGUGGUUUUGAGUAUCAAAGGACAGUAGAAGCUUCUGUAUUGAUUACUUCACAAUGGGUUAUAACAUCUUGUAUCAGGAUUUAUAGUGCAAUGAGUGUUUCAACGUGACCAAAGAUAUAAAUGACACUCAUUUGAUGUGACAGAAUUGUUCUAGUUUGGUCUUUUUUCUCUCUUUUUUUUACGCUGGUGUUUUUUAUGCUGUUCUUUUCUUCUAUUUUUGCAGCUUGUAGCAAGCCAUCAUAUUGCUUUGUUACACAAUGAUUAAUUAUUAAUACUAAAACUCUUAGUACUUGCUAUAUAAGGUAAUUGUAGUAUAAAUUACAUUGAACAAACAUUAUCUUAGGAUUUACCUUAAAGUAUGGUAACAUAGCAACAGUCCUCUCUCCACCAUGUGGGAGGGUUCUUGAGAGUAUGUUUCAAGUGAUUUACAUUCAUUUCAUUUAGAUUCUUCUUUUUUUCCUUUAUUGCAACAUGUCAGUUGUCAAUGAUGAAUUGUAUCACAAUCCUGACAUAUUAACAAGACAUUUAAACUUAUGAUUUGGACUAUUAACACUCUUAUUUAAGGUGCCAUUCAUCUUCAAUUCUGUUGAUUCUGUCGAUGGGACUGAGAAAAACGUAAUUAACCAAACGUUAUUAAAUCACAUGUGGUAGAAAUAAUUGUUUUCUUCUAGUAUUCUAACAAUUCCUUAUCCUGAAAAUAUAUAUAUUUAUGCUUCACUUUCUCUUCAUUCUA